AUGUCAUUUCGUUCGUUUGGCUCGUUUGGCCAGUCCCUCGGGUUGGGCACUAACGGCUACGAGGUCUCGCUCAACUACAUCACGGGCGUGCCAGACCCGAAUCUGCUGUCGUCGGCAAACCUGAAACUCGUUUUCAAAGCCCUUCUGAAGAGAGACGAUACGACAAGAGAAAAGGCCAUUGUCGAUCUGCACUCGAUUGUCGACUCCAGCGACGCCGAGUUCCAGGACGAGCUCGUGCUCAUGUCGUGGUGCCAGCUGUACGCAAAACUCGCAACGGACAACUCGAAGAAAGUCAGACUCACCGCGCACCAGAUCCAGUCGAAGCUGGUGGCGCUGCUCGGCAAGAAAUACGUCAAGUAUCUGCGCGACACCGUGGGGAUCUGGAUGAGCGGGUGUUUUGAGAACGACCGUGUUGUUUCCAAGGGCACCAUAGUGUCUAUUUCCGCUGCCUUCGGAGACUCUCCGGAGAAAACCAGCAAUCUGUGGAAAAUAUUCGCCCAACAAUUGCUCACCUACUGCCACCAGCUGCUGCUUUUCGAGACCAUAGAGACGCUUUCGGACGAGAGAUUCGUCGGCAAGGAAGAGAGCGAGAUCAAGUAUCUGCGCACGGUGCAAGCAGGAGUGCAGAUGCUGACCAGUUUGGUUACCCGACAGAACAACGGCGAAAUACAGCUCGACGAGACACUUUUAUCAGAGCUGCUUGAAUCCGACCAGUUUGUCUCGCUUUUCGAGUCCAGGGACCUCCAGAUCAAAAAGGGCAUGUAUGUGCUGCUUCAGCGACUGCUACAGACAGAGCUGGGCGAUUUGCUGUUCAAACACCUUGCCAAGGCUGCUAUUCGAGGUCUCAAUCUGGAGAAAAAAAAUUCGGCUCUCUACUCCGGAAUAAUAAUCCCUGUGCUCGAGACCGUCGUCGCGCUCCUCAGAAAAGACUCCCAGACGGUCGUUAGCAUCAGAAAGGCCACCCAGCGCGUUCUUGAUCUGUUGCGUCUGGGCUCUCUAAACUCAGAUCCGCACUACUACUCGGUGGUGGCCACGCUGCUGCCGCUGCUGCCCCAGGACGACCAGACCAGAAACUCUUUGCUGGAGAUCCUCGAGAAGGACGUCAAGUCCGAAAAAUUUGCCGUUUUCGCCCAGCACGCGUGGACAUGCUAUCUCGGCUACUGCGAGAGAGUUUCAUGUGGUGUCGACCGCGUGCUCAAAGUGCUGGUUCCAGCGCUGGAUUCGCGCAAGCUGCCCGCCAACGUGAUUUCCGGAUUCGCCGGCGCCGCGAAAGUUACUGACGACGACGGCGACGUACUGCUGGACCUCAACUCUGAGAUCCUCAACGCUCUGCCGGGCCGCUCCGUGGAGUUUGUGGACCUCGGUCUGGUCGUGAAAAACGAGGCUGUGUUCGUCGACAACUAUGUGCGUCUGCUGCUCCACGUCGGGUCUGAUCUGCUCGACGACCUGGUUUCCAACGCGAUCGAGUCGCUCACAGACCUGCAGGACGAGUACGUGCCGCCCUCCCUGGCAAUUUCCGUCAUUGACAGCGUUGUGCGGUCGAACAGUGUGCAGUUCCGCUCUCAGGUCGAGUCGUUCGUCGGCGACGCGUCGAAAGUCGUCACGCCGCAGUUUUUCGAGCCUGUCUUUGCUCUGCUGGUGGCCAUAGCAGGGUCCAAGUUCAAUGUGGAAAUCUAUGACGCCGUCAACGACGUCGCUGCCAAACUCGACAGCGACAAAAUGCAGCUGUUCCUGAAGUACAUUGCCGACAUCCCUGGCUUCGAUCCUGCCAGAUGCGACAAAGUGAGCACGUAUAUCCACCAGAAAUCCGACUCCGCCGCCCCCGACGCCGACGACUACAUGUUCCAGUUCCUCACGCCGGACGUGCUCCGCAACAUGUUCAGCAAACUCUCUGAGGCGGACACGGCGAUGUUUCUGCAAAAGUGCAACCGGCACUACCAGAACGACGUUUUUCUUGCGUUUGCAGACGAGAAGUUCCUGGCUGUGCUCUGGAAACGACUGGGCAGUGCGGAUGCCGACUCGUUGCUGGACAAGCUGGAGCAGAACCUUGGCGACCAGCGGUUUGAGCAGCUGUACAUCUCAUCGCUUCAGAAGGGUGUCGUCGAGGCCGACAGAACGGCGCUCCUGGAGAGACUGGCGACAAAACCCCAGCUUGUCUCGAAAGUGCUACCGGACAAAGUGGUCGACGAGCUGGCUGGGCUGGUCGAUAACGUUGACCACCGGCUUGCCGUCUCAAACAAGCUGGGACUGGGAGUUUAUCUAUUUCCAGCAGGUGAGCUGACUGCUGCAGACCGGUUUGCAACCUAUUUGGAGAAGAUCGUAUUUUAUUAUGAGCUGGCUUCCAAAGCGGGCCUUUUGAGCUGCGAGCUGGCGUUCCAGUUUGCUCUUGUCGGCGAGGUUGCUCUGGACUACGUUUUUCUGGGCCUUUUGGAUGACGAAAACAGAGCUCUCGAUUUCCACUUGCGCGUUUCUGCCGAGCUCAAUUUCGGUACAAGCCUGUUCGAGCAGUUCGUCAAGGACGACUUUUCUGGCGUUCUGACUUAUCUUCGGUCCUCUCCUGCUGUACAGUUCUACGCUGCGCGCGUUCUGGCUACGAUAUUCACGAAACUGUUCGAAGCGAUGCAAUUGUCGACAUUCAACGGCUACAAUUUAAAUAGAGUGACCGACCCCGUGAAACUGGCCAUCCUAGCCACCAGCGCCAACAAAUUCCUCGCUGCCGCCGCAUUCGACCGCGUGCGCAACCAGGCGUGUGCCAACCUUUUGGGCAUUCGCGGACAUACCACCACCACCAACGGUCUACAGGGCCUAGUCCUGCUAAACAUGCUUAUAGACCUCGAUCUGGACUAUAUCGGAGAAAACGUCCAGCUUUUCCCUGCCCAGAGAUUUGGCAUGAUGCUGAACGGACUCGCCAGCUGGCCAGAGUCGGAAGACGCGUACGAGCCCUCGUUUGUGCCGGUCAGAGUCGCGCUGUGCCAAUUUGUUGAAAUUUACAUGAAAAAAAUUUAUCAUGUCUGCGACACCAACUAUCCGUCCGAUUUUAGCGAGAAGGUGUUGGCGCUCGGCGCCACGCUGUGCUCUGAGUCGUUCAGCAUCCUCAGCUCGGGCGACGACGACGCCACCCUGGCAUACUUUUCGCUCAAGUUGUUUGCCGUGCUUCAUGAGCACCAGGUCGAUUGGAACGAGGAAGACGUUUAUGCAGACCUAGUGGAGCUGCUGUUUGCUCCUGCGUCCGGCCAGGCUGGCCUUCUUGUGCUGUCUCUGCUGACGCGUAUCUUCAGCGACCAGGUGCCAACAACAGCUUACAAAUCGCGAUUUGACGACCUGCUCCUGCUGCUCUCCUCUUCCAACACACAGGUGCAGAAACUGGCCGUAUUCCUGUUACACAGAGUGAUUCCAGAGCUGCAAGACGCGCUUGUCGUGGAGGCAACGCUGAACCAGGACGAAGAAACCAAGUUGCCGGCACCGCUGCUCGAAAAUAUCGUGCUGCUACCCGACGAAAGCGAAAUUGCAACCAAUAAAUAUUUGUGGAGCUGGUACCUGAUUUUCGACCAUUUCAAAAACAUCACACAGAAAAUCCGCCAGGACUACAUCCUGGAGCUCGGCGAAGACCGUAUGGGCCAGUUCUUGGACUUUCUGUUCGACAUGGACCUCAAGCCGACAGAGGACAACCGCCGCGCGCUGGUGGAAUAUUCUGUCAUCGACAGUGACGGCGACGACCUGCUGUACCAUCUGAUGUAUCUGUUCUGCAAGCACGUUGGCGGAAAUACCGCGCAGACGUGGUUCCAGUCGAUCAGGAACAAGCAGCACAAGUCGCAGAUUGAGACGUUUAUUGUCAAGAACGUGAGUCCGUUGCUGAUCGACGAGACGCUUGCAGGACUCGAGAAAAAGGACACCAUCGAGGACCCGGAGUUCAGCAUCCGGCUGAACAGAACCACCAACGAGGUGCGCUGCGUGUACCAAAUCGACGAGCAGAAACUGGAGAUGUCGAUCGUUUUGCCGAAGAACUACCCGCUGUCGGCGAUCAGCGUGAACGGAACAGCACGGAUCGGCGUGGACGAGAAAAAAUGGAAAUCGUGGAUCCUCUCGUGCCAGUACGUGAUCAACUUCCAGAACGGCACGAUUUUGGAGGCCAUCCAGCAUUUCAAGAACAACGUCAAGGCCAACUUCGACAACUACGACGACUGUGCCGUGUGCUACUCGAUCGUCCAUGUCAUCGACCAUUCGACGCCAAACAAGGUGUGUCCGACGUGCAAACACAACUUCCACUCGGCCUGUCUGUACAGAUGGUUCAAGAGCUCUGGCUCGUCUACGUGUCCAUUGUGUCGGUCGAAGUUCCAGUUCAAAAAACACAGCUAG